UCAUUUUGUCCCUCCGCGGCUUCCUUACGCAGCGUGGAUUUCAAUGACAUUCUGAGUUUCUGUAACGUAAAGUCGGCUGUCCUCAGAGCAGUUUAAAGAUGUCGUUAACGUUUUUAUUCAGAACAAUGACGAGAGACUUUGCCAAGGUCAGUGUUUGCCAGCAUGUGCAGUCCUUACACACUGGUUGUCAGCUCCUGGCAGCUGAGAAGGCCCUCCUGAUGAAACUACGGAAAACCACCGGCUACACUUUCAUCAACUGCAAGAAAGCCCUGGAGAGGUUUGAUAAUGACAUAACGCAGGCAGAGACGUGGCUGCACGAGGAGGCCCAGAAGGAGGGCUGGAGCAGAGCCAGCAAGCUGGAGGGUCGCAAAGCCAAAGAGGGGCUGGUUGGCCUGUUCAUACAAGACACUGCUGCAGUUAUGGUUGAGGUUAACUGUGAGACCGACUUUGUGGCCCGCAAUGACAAGUUCCAGCAGCUGGUUAAGGAUGUGGCAUUUGCCACCUUGGCUCACCACCGGAAUAAAACCCAAAGCAAGGCCGGCUAUGUCAAGAGCAUCCUGGCAGGUGAUGAGUUAAACAAGCUCUGUGUGGAUGAAGGAGCUUCACUUUCUGAUCGGGUGGCUCUCACAAUUGGUCGCCUCGGUGAGAACUUGUCAGUGCGGCGUGCUGUGACCGUGGACGUCCCAGCUGAGUGGCACAUUGGCUCGUAUGUACACGGUGGUGUGCAGGGCCAGACGGAGGUGGCCAUGGGCAGGUAUGCCGCCCUGGUUGUUUUUCAGGGUGGCGAGAAGGAAAACUGGGACGUUCUAGGACGCAAACUGGGACAGCAUAUAGUGGGAGAAGCCCCUGUGGCCCUGGGCAACAUGGAUGACCUGCCUUGUGGGGAAAGUGAGACACGCCUGCUGCCUCAGACCUUCCUGGGAGACCCCAGCAGGACGGUUGCAGAGUUCCUCAGAGGUCAACAGGCCCGAGUGCUGGACUUUAUCCGAUUUCAGUGUGGCGAGUCGCUCAAUGACAAAGACAAAUGAGGAUAGCAAUUUACCCAAGAUCAUUUUUUUUAAUGUUGGGGUUUAAUGCAAAAACACCUUCUUUCCAGACACACAAAGUGUCAUCGUAAAUUUAAAGCAGAAUAUGUUGGUCUACCAGCACUGCUGCUAAUCUAACAAUAAAGUCUUUUCAUCUUGAAAGUC